UGUAUUCAUUCAGUAACAUUGAAUUCCUGAAAAUGUCGUGGAAUUCGAGUGUCAUUGCAUCACAGACCUUCUGCUAUUUUCUGGAUCAGCUUACCAAAGCGUGUUUAGACCUGAGCACAAGAAAGGCAGAAGAGUUACAUCAAACACUAGAAAAAGCAUUACAAUCUAUCCACAAGUCGUCUACUUUGGAGUUUAAAGUUUGGUUGGAACUCUGUGUUUCCAGUCUAGUACGAAUUCUGGAGAAUCACCCUGAAAGAUGUACGGACAAUUUAGCCUUUGUGUUGGCACCCAAGCCUGCAGAUGAAGUUAUUCCCUCUUUUUGUUUUUCCUUCAAGUCCCAAUUGAGUGCUCAAGCAACAGGGUCUAUUUAUUACUCGUUUGUUCAGCUGCUAGAAUCUUACGAGAGACAGCACCUGGCUACAAAUACAAGAAAGUUGGAUAGUGGUUCAACUCUCUCUGCAAUAGCUGCGGAAAGAAUGUUUUGGCUCUCACCAUCAGUCAGCGAAAGUAUUGUGUUGGAAGCUGCAGAUUCAAGUCAUUUAAAGCAUCGCAAUUCUUCUGAAAAGAUACCCUGGGACGCCAUAUCUACAUACGCUGAAGAAGGAGAGGAAGACAUGUUGUACUAUUUAUUAUAUCAAUUGAAGAGUGAAGAUAAUUUUGAUGAUACCCUAUCACUGAAUGUAGCGGACGAGCUAUUAUUAGGUUUUUGUGUAACAGAGUUCUCAUCAACCUUUUCACAUGUUCUCCAUCGAAUAUAUCACGAGAAUAAGAAAUUUUGGUUGAAUCUGGACCAAGUUAUUCAUUUGCCUAGUGUUGUCCAAAGAGUUGCAUAUCAAAGUUUCAGUUGCGAUAGUUUUGAGCUUAUCAAACAACGACUCGUGCAAGUACAUGCAGCAUUACUGAAUGAGACAUCUGUAACGAUUGAUACAGCAAUAGAGUACCUGAAUUCGGAUAUAAGCUUUCCAUUGUAUAGUUCUUUUUUAGAAGCGUUGAAAGAUAGGAAAAUUUUGGAAGCUGUUCCUGUGGAUACGUUGUAUAUUAUCAUGUAUCAUUCUCAUGAGCUCAUAAUGAAGACUGAGAACGCAACAUUGCUUUUUCGGUUAUCCAUGACAUAUUCUUGUAUUUUGUUGUUUAUGGAAGGUAUUUCCUGUUUGGAUGAAAAGUGGAUCAACUUUUUGAUAGCAGAUAUAUGUAAAAGCGUGACUCUGAAACGUCUCUCUACAAUUGCAUUUUUCACAAUUUUGGUUCCGUUUGGUUUGUCCAAAUUGUGUUGUACGAAGCUUUGGAAACAUUCUCUAUUCUAUACAUGUUUCGAGUUGUUUUCCAAAGAUGGUUAGCAUUCAGUAAUACACAUUGGUAUAUAUA